AACUCCAAAGAAGAAAUAAAAACGAAUCUGAAGUCAAUAUCGCGUUAUGUUGGGCUAAUUCAACGUUUCUACUUUGGAAUGGAAAGCUGAUCCUACAUGUUUGCCUACGAGAAACGCCAUUGAUCAUCAUUACGUGGUCUGGUGACAACAGCUGUAAAUUCUGCCAGCUCUCAUGUCCCUGCUAAGAUAAAUCAAAAUACAUUACAAAAUUAAAUUAAGGUAGUGAACAAUAAAGUAAAAAAAAAAAUGCUUUCUCGUUUAUUGAAGGAGCACCAUGCAAAGCAGAACAAGAGAAAAGAACACCAAGAGAGACGCAGACGAGAGGCAAUUGCAGCUGCCACCUGUCUAACAGAAGCCUUGGUGGACCAUCUUAAUGUUGGGGUGGCCCAGGCGUACGUGAACCAGAGGAAGCUGGACCAUGAGGUCAAGACGUUACAGGUGCAGGCCAGCCAGUUCUCCAAGCAGACCGCUCAGUGGAUCAGUAUGGUGGAAGGCUUUAACCAAGCCCUGAAGGAAAUAGGUGAUGUGGAGAACUGGGCUCGCAGUAUUGAGAUGGACAUGAGAACCAUCGCUACAGCUCUGGACUACGUACACAAGGGUCAGCUCACAUCAGCCUCUUCGUAGAUACGCUAAACCAUAACCUGGAACUGAUAGCCUGCUGCUAGCUUCAGUAGCUGAACCCUAACCUGGAACUGAUAGCCUGCUGCUAGC